AUGUAUGGCCAGUAUGGCCAUGGCGAUCCAAUGCAGCAAUGGUUUCCAAUGCUGUACCCCCCACAUGCUGGCGCACAGUGGAUGUCUCAGAUGGUGGCCCCUAUGCAGCAGUCCCAGCCCCAGAUGCAGCAGCAACAGUUUAUUCCAUUUGCGAUGAUGCCGCAUGCUGCUCAGCAGCCUUUGCAGCUUCCAGGGUCGCAGGCCUCCACGGCACAGCCGUCAGAGCAGUGGUCAGAACAGUGCCAUGGCCAGUGGCAAGAGAACCAGUACAAUGAACCCUGGCCCAGCCACUCAAGCGCAUCAGGCCACUGGCACAGACAUGGCAGGCAUGAUAAGGGCCAGCGGACGUCCCAGUAUGAUGCUGACCCACACAGUAGCCACGACAAGGGUGAUCGGAGAUGGAACAAGUACGGGGGAGACCGUGGCGAGAAGGGUGAACGAAAAGGGAAGGCUGAGGCCAGCGAGAGAUGGAAAGGCUCGAAGAAGGACAAAGGUACCUACGAUGAAGGCAGUGACCAAAAGCAAUCCUUCUACGUCUCCAGCUUCUACAAGCAAAAAGAAGAGAAGAGACCACAACAUGAACGGAAACAGAAGCAAAGCGAGAUGGAUUUGGUCGCGACCGAGACCACCGAGACCGAGGGCAAGAACAAGAAGAACGUUUGGCGGAGUGGCCGGGUCGAAAAGCAGAAGGCCAUGGAAAAGGAGGGACGACAGGAGACGGCCGCUGCCAGUGCGGCGGCUUCACCGCGACCGGCCGAAAAGCAGGGCGGAAAGAAGGAGAAGAGCGGAGGAUGGGGCGACGGGCUUACCCGCGAAGUGAAGAUCAGCAAGACGUUGACCCAGAUCUUGCGCCACAAGGCCGUGGAGCUUAAGAUUGACAUUGGUCGUGAUGGAUACUGUUCGCUUCGUGCACUUUUGCAGUGCCCCUGGUUGGCGGAGUUGGAGGUUCAAGAAGAAGAGGUGCAGCAAGUGGUCAAGAAAAGCGACAAGAAACGCUUCGAAUUGAAAGAAGACGACGGGGAGCUGCUGAUCAGAGCGGUACAAGGACAUUCGAUCAAGACCGUGGAUGAUGAUCAGCUGUUGCAGAAGUUGGACCUGGAAGACACCAACUUGCCAAACGUUUGCGUGGUAGCCUUUAUGCCCUUGAGCCGCUUGAGCCGCGUUCGUGACACCACCGGACCUCCCCAUGUGGCGGGCGACCUCCACCGUCUCUGCGCUGCUGCCAGUUGCGCGCCGACAGCGAGGGCCGACAAGGAGCUGCGGAAGAUGCAUCAGCAGCCGCUGGAGAGAACUCGGUCGGAGAAAGAGCCUUUUGCAGGUGGUGAUGCGUCGGAUCUUGCUUGCGGUUGUUCUGUGCACCUGCUGGGAGCAGUUGCUACCAAUGUCAUGGACAAGGUUGAAGCGGUUGUGGCACCGGAGUUGCUGCGGUGGCGGCGGCACCCCAGCUUGGCCCUGGAUGCCCUGCAAGAGUGCGCGGCCCACCGCCCUGACUUGGUCAACGUCCUGUUACAAGUGAUCAGGCUCCACGCAAACCUGGAUGUCCGCCAUUGCAACGCGGCUAUUUCAUCCUUGGCUCGGAAGAAGCACUGGCAACAUGCGCUUGGGAUCUUCGACGAGAUGCCUGCCUUGGCGGUGAGCCCCACAGUGGUGAGCUUCAACGCGGCCAUCAGCAGCUGUGAGCGUAGAGGGCUUUGGCCCAUGGCUUUGCAGUUCUUCGCAGCGAUGGAGGCUCGUGAGCUGCAGCCUGACGUCAUCAGUCACAAUGCAGGGAUCAGUGCUUGUGAGAAGGGCUCCAGCUGGAUCAUGGCUUGCCAGAUAUUUCAUCGCAUGUGCGAGGUGAGGCUCUCGCCCACGAAUGUGAGCUACAGCGCGCUGAUCACGGCGUUUCAGAAAGUGGCCCACUGGACCUUGGCCCUGGCCUCGUUGAAUGAGAUCCCUGACCCCGACGUCGUGUGCUACAACACCACGAUGACCGCUUGCGACCGCGGCAGCGCUUGGCCUUGGGCCUUGCAGCUCUUCGCCGCCGCGCCGAGAGCGACGCGCAGCGCCUCGAGCUUCGCAGCGGCCAUGGAGGCGGCGGAGAAGGGCUCGCAAUGGCACGUGAACCUGGAGCUCCUGGCACAGAUGCGUGAGCUGCAGAUCAAUGCAGAUGCAGGGCAUUACACUGCGUGCAUCAGUGCCUGCGAGCGAGCGCGAGAAUGGCAACGUGCAUUGCAGGCCUUCGAAGACUUGCCACCCACGGCGGAUUUGGAGGAACUUCUCAAAGUCGUGGAGGCCUGUGCCACGGACCACCGACAAGAAGCUGUGAGCUUGUUUCGAGGUUUGCGCGAUCAACAACUCCAACCAAGCGAGGCCACGGACCGGGCCAUGUCGGAGGCAGUGGGCCGACUACGAAAAGCCACUGGACCCAGCAAGUUCCAAGCGGAAGGAUGCCAGUCGACCACCCAGACCUUCAGGCAUGGCACCUACCGCCGGCACUUCGACAGCAUUCGCCGCGUGGGCUUGCUGGCCGGCGGUGGACAAGGUCAAGGCUUUCGCAAUCACGUGCACUUCUCGCCUUGCGAGCCGGGGGACAAGCGGGUGAUCUCCGGCAUGCGCUAUGACUGCGAGAUCGCCAUUUGGAUCGACUUGAAGAGGGCCAUCGCAGACAACGUGCCCUUCUACAUGAGCACCAAUAAAGUGAUCCUCAGUCCUGGGAUUGACGGAGUCAUUGAUAAGAAGUACUUCACGAAAGCGAGAGACCUGCAGAAGAAGGAAGACUUGGACUUGUCGGUGGAGCCUGAGAGCGGAGUUCCGGGCAUCCCGUCCGGUGCUUCGGCCGCCACGAAGCGGCCCCUGGUGCCGUCCAUUCGGAGUCAUGGUCACCGCGCCAGUCGGUGGGUGCAUCAGGGCGCCAAGCUUGCGCAGUGCCAAAAGUGGCUCUUGGGGCCGAAGAGGAAGGAAGACCCAUCUCGCCCACCGUCCUUCGCUUCGACGGCUUUGGGGGGAUCCCCAGAGCUGAGGGAGGCAGCACUUCGACAGCAUCUGUCAGCCCGGGCUGGAUGUGCUGGCCGGCGGGCCGAGGAGAAGGUGAGGUGUCAUCUAGAGCUGCAUGCCUCGUGGUUCCGGCACAUUCUGACCAACACCGGGCGGACCAAUAAGGCCUAUCGUGGUCAUGCUGGCGAGCAACUGUCCUUGCUGAGCGGAAAGCGACGCGGAAUGAUCCUGGAAGAUUUUUGCACAAAGAAGCUGGCUCAGAUGCAUCCACACAGCACAAUUGAAGAGCCUGCUCCAGGGACUUGUUGCAAUGGAGCCCGCAGGUCAGCCCGCAAUGCGCCGUAUGACUUCACUUUGGAUGGCCGCAAAAUUGAAUGCAAAAGCUCACGGCUUUUUUGGGACAACAGCAAGAUGCGUUGGCGCUUCCGAUUUCGCAACGUCAUGCUGCCAUGGCUAGGUCUUCGGGAUCAAGCUCCAUUUGACGAUUUGUAUUUGAUACUGUUUAGCCCAGAUAGCUUGUACAUCAUCAAACAUGACCUCCAGACCGGAGUUGAAAAAGCUGGCACGCAAACUGCAACCGGCGGCGGUCAUAACAUUGCUGUUUAUGGUGCUCGGAAGGAAGAAUGUUGGCAAACCGCCCUGCCUCGAAUGCUUGACAAGUUCUUGGCUGCGGAUCGCUGCAAACUUGUGGCUUGCAUCGACUUAUCAGAUGUUGAAGUCCGCAGCUGGCUGGUAGAGGAAAUGGACAGAGUAAAAUCGCACCAGGACGAGGCAUACCAAGGGGUGCCGCUGAACCAGAUGGCACCAGCGCUGCGUGGCAAUCUUCUUGAGGACAUAGCAUUCGAGGUACCUUGCGUCAGUGAGGAAUCCCGGGCUCAAAAUCUCAUGCUGCGUACUGCUUUGCCAGCAGUAACUGCAUUUUUUCCAUUUGGUUUCCGAUGGCAACAGCGGAGGCCUUUGGUGCUGAGUGCCUCGCAGUUCCUGCACAUUCUUGAAAAGCCAGACUUCACCAGCCAAGCCUACAAUGGAAAUGCCGGACAUGAGUUAUCCUUGCUGCCUGGGACGCGUCGCGGAACAAUCCUGGAGCGCUUUUGCAAGAACGAGCUGGCGCGGCUAAAUCCGAACAGCAAAAUUGAAGAGCCAACUGAAGGGACUCGCUGCGAUGGAAGUCGCAAGCCCACAUCGCAGGCAGAGUACGAUUUCGUGUUGAACGGCCGCAAAACUGAGUGCAAAAGUGCACAGAUGUCUUGGAACAGCAAUGCGAAGUGUUGGUCUAUCACAUUUUGCAGCAUCAAGCUGUCAGAGACAGAAUUUCGGGAACGGGCUCCAUUUGAUGAUUUGUAUUUGACGAUAUUCAGCCCGGAUAGUUUGCACAUCAUCAAGCAUGAUCUUCAGACCCGGGUUGCCCUAGCUGGCAAGCGAACAAAAAGUAGUGGUCAUCAGAUUGUUGUCCGAGGUGCUCGCAGGCAAGAGUCUUGGCAAAGUGCACGGUCUCAAAUUCUUGGCAAGCUUCUGGCUGCAGGACACUGCGAACUUGUGGCGUACAUAGAUUUAUCAGCCAAAGAAGUGAGGGCCUUCCUGGCACAGCAAAUGGAAGGAAUGGCAGCGCGCCAGGACCAUGAGUACAAGGGAGUACCCCUAAACCACACAGGGCCAGAGCUGCGCGGCUUGCGAAUCGAACAGAUAGGAUUCGAAGUGGAUCAGAUUCUCCAUCCAAAUGUUUCUUUUCAGUUUUCCAGAUCUUCUUCCAACGUAGACUGGGUUCGUGGAGAUGUGAAAGUCGAAAACAAGCAUGGACAGAUGCUCUUUGAUCAAGACAGGCAGUGUUGGUAUUGUGGUUUCUCACGAAUCAAGUGUGCUGGUGCCAAUGUUCGUGAAACUAAUAUGUUUGAUGAGCUUUGGCUUGUAAUCUACAGCCCCUUCGGCCUUCACUUUCUGAAGCAUCCUGGAAACUUCGACCCAGGCAUGAGACAGAGUCCACGUGGAAGACAUUUGAGGCUUUCUGCACCCAAACAUAUGCUUGACAUCAAGGAGGCACUUGACCUCAUGCUGGUGAAAAUCGAGGUAGACUGGGGCUGUCAGCCUUUAGCAACGGUGCUUUGGGACAAGAACUGGCGCGGCUACAUCCGCACAGCACAAUCGAAGAGCCUACCCGAGGGGCUCGGUGCAAUGGAGCUCAAAGGUCAGCUUCACAGGCCGAGUGGGACUUCAGAUGACUUCAGUUUGGGUGGCCGGAAAAUUGAGCGCAAAAGUGCGCAAAUGUCAUGGCAAGAAAAUGGGAAACGUUGGAGUGUACGCUUCCAGGGCAUCAAGCUGCCACGGCCAGGAUUUCGGGAACAGGCUCCAUUUGAUGAUUUGUAUUUGACGAUCUUCAGCCCAGACAGCUUGCAUAUCAUCAAGCAUGAUCUUCGGACGGGAGUCAUCUCAGUUGGCCAGUCGACAGGAUUUCGUGGUCAUGACAUUCAGAUCCGUGGUGCUUCAGGGCAAGAAUGUUGGCAAAUUGCGCUGUCCCAAAUACUCGACAAGCUCCUGGCUGCAGGCCAUUGCAAACUUGUGGCUCGCAUAAAUUUGAGGGCCUUCCUGGCACAGCAAUUGCAAGGAAUGGCAGCACGCCACGGCACUGAGUACGAGGGGGUGCCAUUGAGCCAAAUGACACCAGCACUAUGUUUGAAGGAGGUGGCUUGUGGAAAAGCAUGCAUGUCCUGGGCAGCCAGUAAGUUCUACAAGGCCAUUGUCGCCACGAAAGAGGCGGCGAUCCUUUUGUUGCAAAGGUUGGGUGGCGGAUGGCGGUAUUGUUUGGUGCUGAGCGCCUCACAGUUUCAACACAUUUUGAAUGAUCCUGGGCAGACCAGCAAGGCAUAUGCAGGUCACGCUGGCUAUGAGCUGUCCUUGCUAUCUGGGAAGCGCCGCGGAACGAUCCUGAACAAACUUUGCAAGAAAGAGCUGGCUCGGCUCAACCCUAAGGCCAAAAUGGAAGAGCCGACCGCAGGGAGCUAUUGUGAUGGAGCCCGCAGGUCAGCCAGCACCGCAGUGUAUGACUUUAUUUUGGAUGGCCGCAACCUUAAAUGCAAAAGUGCACAGAUGUUUUGGGACAAUGCUCAGAAGAGUUGGCGUGCUCUAUUUCACAAAGUCAAACUGCCCUGUCCAGGCUUUCGGGACCAGGCUCCAUUUGACGAUUUGUACCUUACACUCUUCAGCCCAGAUAGUUUGCACAUCAUCAGGCAUGACCUUCAGACCGGAGUUUACUCGACUGGCAAGCGAACAGAGAGCCAUGGUCAUCAGAUUUCCAUUCAAGGCACACGGGGGCAAGAAUGUUGGCAAACGGCGCGGCAUCAAAUCCUGAACAGGUUCCUGACAAAAGGUUGCGAACUUGUGUCUUCCGUGGAUUUGUCAGCAGUUGAAGUCAGCAACUGGCUGACACAGCAAAUCGAAGGACUGAGAGCACCACAGGACCUCGCAUACCAGCGGGUGCCAUUGAACCAUAUGGCGCCACAGCUACGUGGCUUGCGGAUUGAAGAGGUUGCAUUUGGAGUGGAUCGGAUUCUCCAUCCCAAUUGUUCAUUUUCACGCUCUUCUUCAGAAAUAGACUGGUUUCGUGGAGCGGUGAGAGUGGAAUUGAAGAGCAGCCAAAUGUGCUACAACAAAGUGCAAAGGUGUUGGCAAUGUUCUUUCCAGAGCAUCAAGUGUGCAUGCCAAGGUGUGCGUGAUCGCGACCUGUUUGAUGAACUGUGGCUUGCAAUCUACAGCCCUUUCGGCGUUCAUAUUUUGAAGCAUCCUGGUGGCAAAGUCCGUUUCAGCCUUGCUGGCUUGCAAGAGCAGGAUGAUGGACAGAGGAUACAGGUCUACUCCAGCCGCAAUGUGAUUGAUGUCAGGGAGGCCCUUGACGAAAUGCUCCACAAGAUGGAGGCAUGGGGCUGUCAAGCUCUUGCAACUAUUCUUUGGUGA